AUGCAGGCAGCUUUCACUGUUAAACAUCGUUCAAAAUCCAUACCUUCUAAAGCUAAUAAAUUUAAAAUACAAACUCAAAAAAAACUUGGUUUAUUUCGUACCACAUUUUAUCAAGUAUUAUGCAAUCAUAAUCCGGACAUAAUUGCUUCGGACAAUGAUUUUGUAGAAUAUCUAGCCGAGCAAGUUUGGGAUUUAGAUAUUUUAUCGCUAAUUCUUGUAGAUAACUCUGAAUCUGAAUCAGCUAAAUCUGAUAAAUCUGAUAAGGCAAUUAAACCUUUAUCAGAAAAAGAAGUUGUUGAAAAAAUUUAUGAUGUCGUAAAGGAUGAUUUUUUAACAUUUGAAGUUUGUCAAAAUGAACAAGAACAUAUGCCACUUACAUUUCAUCAUUUAAUUCCUCGUGUAAUGCAUAAAAGAGUAGUGAAAAAAGGUCUAUUUACUAAAGAAGAAUGUUUGACAAGAGGUACAAACAUUUGUAGACCUUGUCACAGUGCUUGUCAUAAAAUGAUUUCUCACGAAAAAAUGGCCUAUGAAUACAAUACUGUGGAUAAAUUAUUGGAACAUGAAGGCGUAAUAAAAUUUGUUACAUGGGUAUCGAAACAGAAAGAGUAUUCAAAAGAUCACGCAAUUAGGAAGUUGCGAUAUUCGAAAUAA